CGGUUAAGCCGAGUUCAGAUUUGUUUCAUUGCCACCAUGUAUCACUGUGGAAUGCGUCAAUUGGAAGAAAGACAUGUGGCCAACCAAGUUGAUCUUAUGGUUUGGAGCAACAGGCUUGAUUUGUUAGCAUUAAGUAACUUCAAAGGAGAAGUUCAAGUACAUAGACUUAUAAGUUGGCAGAAAGUGUGGACAUUAUCUCCACCUAAAGAAAAUGUUACUGUACAGGCUCUGGCUUGGAGACCUGAUGGAAAGGCAUUAGCAGUUGGCUACAGUUCAGGCAGCGUUCACAUAGUGGACAUAGAAGACAAGGAAAUCCUUGACAAGUAUGAUUUGGAGCAGGAGCCUUCGGAAGAGUUUGAAGACUCAAAGCAUUAUGGAAUUACUUGCAUCACUUGGGCAGUCAGAGCUACUACUCUAGAAAGUGCAACUGAGUAUAAUAUUUAUGAUGAUGCAUCAAUAUUUCUCCAAAAAACACCAUCUCUUAGCAGUGGCUAUAAAAAUCAGGCUUCUGAGGAUAAUGUUAAGGACAUCAAAGAGAUGCAGGAGCAGACCCAACUCAACAUGCUGCUGGUUGGCUAUGGCACAGGACACAUCUACAUGAGUGUAUUUGGCCGAUACCCAUAUGGAACUAUCCAUCUCACCCAAAUUGCCAAAGACGAAUUUGGAGAGUUCAAAGUACUAGACAUAAAUCUUUCAGAAGAUUUUAGUAUGAUGCAAGUAUUUUACUUAGACAGAGCUACGAACAACCUGUAUGUAUCACUUAUUAACACAAGUGUGUUGUCGGCCUAUGCAGAGCAGAUCUUUGUUGUGGCAAAUAAACACAGCCAACUGACUCAGUUGAUGUCUCAUCUUGAUCAGACAAUGAUAUCUAUUACCGAAGCUUGGGAGCAUAUUUUAUUGGAAAUGGAUACUAAAAUGGCAUACUAUGCUGCAUCUGUCCCGGAAGGUGGAGUGUCUGCUGAUCUACUAGAGCUACUUAUGUUAGGUGUUCCCUCUGAUCAGCUGGAGCUAUUUCUUCUGAAAGAAUUAACGGCAAAAGGGUUAAAAAAGUUAGGAAGCUCCGUUGAACUGAGUUAUUCUACAAUUCAGAAACUGGUUCUCAAGCAAUUGAACAUUGUUGGACAAAGCCUAACAUACUACCUGGCUGAGCUUAGGGGCUUGGCAAGGAUACCAGAUCGAUAUAAGAUACUCGGCCUCGAGGAAGCCACCGUGACCGAAGCCAUCCGCGCGUGCUGCGCCUUCCUGAACAAGAGCCUGGAGUUGCAGCAAGUGAUCGAUAUCUCCAUGCGCCACUACAAGGCUUUCUUCCGGUGGCUCUUCGUCGUCAUCGCGAGGUUGCUAGAUGAACAAACGCCCAGCGAAAUCGUUAAAAUAACUCAGCAAGAACUCACGCAGCUUGCAGAGUUUUUGUACAACUUCGACAAUGUUCAAGUGGAAGGGAGUGAAACGGUGUCCGAAAAGCCAGUGAAGUUCAAUUUGGAAAGGCUCGGGCAAUACCUUCAGGACCAAGACCUAACUAUAUUAACUGACAACGAUGAUAAUCCAUGGCAUAAGUUUCUUGCAGAAAAUGCGUGCUUGAUGAAAGAUAACGAGACCAUUUUCUCUAUGUCCGAAUUUCGAAAGUUUUCCUUAGUUCAACAACAAGCGUUUUUGAAAAAAGCCAUAAAUAAAGUGUUCGACGUCACUGAUAAAGACACCGGAAAACACUUUUCAGUUCUGUACAAUCUGAGAUGUUAUGAAGAUAAAACAAGUUCAUAUAUUCAGAAUAAUCUACGGGUAUCUCAAAUGUUUGAUCCGGCUCAGCAGAGAUUCAUGAUGGCGUUUACGAACAACGCAAACGAAAGUGAUGGAAUUUGUUUCAUGUCAGUGGCUAUCAAGGAGAAAUCUUGCAACGCUUCAGCUAUUAGAUAUUACAUUACUUCCGGUUUGAUACGGGACCCAAACAAGGAACAGUUUGAAGAGGAAAAUGUAGCAGUAUUGGACUUGCAGUUUUAUUCAGCAGAGUAUUUGUCUGUGUUGAUACGGCACCCGUGCAGCAGUGAAAGUACGAUAUUUGUGCAGUUGCCUCUAAAAAUAGCGUUGGAUAAUGCGAAUGAAUUCAAUGUUAAAGCGAAGUCCUGUAUAUUUAGUGAAAAAAUAUCUCGAAGAAACAUCACGUCUCUGUUAGACCAGGGCAUUUACACCGUGCUGGAUAAAAUGGAUGGUUUUAGAAUCGCCGUGUCGGGCGGGCGCCGCGUGGCCGUGGUGCUGUCCAGGAGCCGCAGGAAGGUGAGGGUGUUCGAGAUGGAGGCCGACGGCGACGACGACGAGGAUGAAACUCUGGACUCGACGCAACACUCGCUGUCGGCAACUAACGACUCGUCAUACAGAAGUGAUCAAUGAUGAAGGGCCCAUCUAUACAAGAAAAAAAUCGAAAAUUGCAUCAUCAGUCAGUGAAAUUUGAACCCAUAGUGCAGGAAAUAGAGUUGAUUUUUCUUUGUAUGAAAUCUAUACGAAAAUGAAAUGGGUUUAAUUUGAAAAUAUUUAAAUUUCAUCAAACUUGAUAAGUACUAUACAGUAUAGAACCUUGCGCCUUAGUAUAAGGCCUGAGUGAACGCUCGAAGCGGAGCGUUAGGUGGGGCGUGCAGCGUGGCGUCGGGCUCACAAGUGAUGUGAGCAGUGUGCACUAAGGCCGCUUCUAUACGUUUGCAUUUGUUUAACAAGCACGCCUUGCCUCGUUGCACGCUCAACUUCAGCGUCCACUCAGGCCUUACAUUUAGAAGGAUAAUAUAAAUAAAUCCCUCAUGAAAUAAAAUGUUCAAAGUGGCUCAGAACAUUAUACAAUAUAACUUAGCAAUUUGGUUACUAAGAGAUACCUACCUAUUAAUAGCUAGGUAUCGUUAAUUUGUUGGCACUCUGCAUUCUUCUAGAUUUUGAUUUUUAAUACAUAAUUCAAUAUUCAUACCAUGAUAUGAAAAAAAGUGCAGCCACAAAUCUAAAGUCGGACAUAAUUAAAUAAAAUUAGACUAUUAUAAGUUGCUGAUAUACCUAAUUUAUUUUUUCUUACCUACUUAUCACAAUUUACAGUAGUAAAGUAUUCAUAAUAACAAAUUACCAAUCAACAUGGAACAGAAAUGAUUUCAACUAUCUAUAUUAGUAAACUGCAUGGAGUAUGUCAAUCGGCCUGUUACAUUGUGAUUGUCUUAUACAAAAUUGUAUUUCAAGUGGAUGGCAUAAAUUAUAUUAAACUGG